UCAGGGGGAAGCCAAGAGAACCCACAUACAUGGCAACAAGGUUGGACAGGGCUAAGACAGUCCUGGCCCCCCUCUCCCCAAGCUGAUAAGAAAGCCUGAUAUCCCCAAGUGGAUGGGUGGAGACAAGGCCCAAUGUCCACAGGUGGGAGGGGAAAGAGGGCAGGAGCAGACCCGGAAGGCAAGACAGCCCCAUUUCAAGAGGCCCCAAGUCUACUCAGGCAGAGCCUGGGAAGCAGGCAGUCAAGUUACAAGUGAACUUGCUGUGGAACAGCCAUCUGGAGGGCCACCUGGUAGGAUCUGAACAGUGGAUUUUCCCAGGACAGCAGAAUCACCCACCAUAAGGGGCCCAAAUCACAGUGAGGAGAGAGGGCCCAUACCCGCCUCUGCCUACAAGGAAGGGCACAGACCCGGGAAGGGGGCCUGUUGGGGGUGGGACUCACGACAGCAUGGGGCCUGGAUAGGCAUCUUUUCCCCUGAGCACCAUUGCCCAGAGGCGGAUGCUGGGACUCACCACAGGGAGGAGAUGAGGGUGUGUGAAGAGCGGAGGGGUCUGGCGUGGGGAAAGUGAACAGGGUGAGAGGUGGGGGCUUGGGGAGGUAUCGAGCAAGGGGGUUUUAGGGUUGAGCACCGUGGGAACAGGCAUGCGCCCUGGUAACGCAAGAGUGGGAAAUGGGGUAGGGGCUAGGGAGGGAAGGGAAGAGAUGGAGGAUGGGGAGAUGGAGGAUGGGGUGCAUCCUGCAAGGGAGCCCGGGAGGCGAAUGCACAGCGCCUUCCCAGGCCUCUCUUACCUCCUCCCUCCCGGUCUCGCUGGGGACGCGCCUCCGCACCGGCCCGCCCCCAAGCCUAGGGCGGAGGCCUCGCGCAAAAUCGCGCCGCCGCGGAUCUCACUUGGCGGAGGGUACCCUCUGCAGCAGCCACUCCGGCCCGCGGUUCCCACCGAAGUCCACAGAGGGAUUUAGCCCACGAAGAUGAACUGGGCAGCGGCAACGUGCUGGGCUCUGCUGUUUGCCGCCGCCUUCCUCUGCGACGGCGGCUCAGCCAAGGGCGGGCGGGGAGGGGCUCGGGGAAGCGCCCGGGGAGGGCGUGGGGCCUCGAGGGUGCGCGUGAGGCCGGCGCCCCGCUACAGUGCCCCGGGGUCCUCCCUGCGUGUGGCGGCCGCGGGGGCGGCGGCAGGAGCCGCUGUGGGCCUUGCGGCGGGGGCGGGCUGGAGGAGGGCAGCGGGGCCUGGGGAGCACCGCUCGGAGGAUGAAGAGGAUCAGAUGCCCGGAGGCAACGGAACCGGUCGGAGCGUCUACAGUUACCGGGCGUGGACUUCUGGUACAGCGCCAAGGCUGCACCUCUGCCUGCUGCUGGGCGGUGCCCUGGGCGCCCUGGAGCUGCUACGUCCCUAGGCUUGGCUGGGCUCAGGGACCAUAUGGCCCCCAGCCCGCGCCCCGCAGGUCCUCUGGCCCACUGAGAGGCCACCCAUGCUGGGCACCUCUUCCCUCCACUGUUCAUGAUCUUGGAGCCCAGAGGGCUGCCUGGG